CCCGGCGCAGCAGCGAGGAGCACACCAGUCCUCUCCCUGACAAACGAAAGGGAUGGGGGGCAUCAGCCGCAGCUGAGCUCCGAACGGCUGGACCAGGGGGAGCGAGGGGACGCAGCAGCUUUCUGCCCCCACUUGGGUGACUUUCUGCUGGAUUUCUUACCCCCCCACCUCCCCUCUACUCCUCUCCACAACAACAUGCCAUUUGCCAAAAGAGCCGUGAAGCCCCAGUUACUGUGCAGGUAUCGGAGCCCAGGCGAGGUGGAGCAGCAGCAGCAGCAGCAGCAGCAGGAGGAGGGUCUGCUUUUCGAUGACCUGGUCUCCAUCAGUAACGUGGCUCUGUCCCGGACCCUGCGGCAGCUGUCGGACCUGGCCAAACAUGCCUGCUCCAUUUUCCAGGAGCUGGAAAGCGACCUGGCGUCCACCAACCAGCGGGUCAGAGGGCUUCAGGGGAAAAUCACCCGACUCCAGCAGUGCUGCUCCGAGCUGGACCCCAAACAGGAGGCAGUGCCGGUGUCCGACCUGGACGUGGAGAGUAAGCUGACGGCACACUUCAGAGCGCCGUGGCGCCUCCAGAGGAAUGUUUUGCACCCCUCCACACGGCCGGCAUGUGUGGCAGAGCUGCACAGGCAGGCCAACCACAGCCUGUGGUCACUGAACCAAGUGUGUGCGUUUUCAGAUCACCAGAGGACGGAGCGCAGAGUGACCAUCUCAGCCCUGCCCCCCACGCCCGUAUACCCCUCCCCUCUCAUCGAGCCGAUGCAAGAUGGUCGGGGCAAAAGUCUAACAACGUUCGACUCCGCCCGCUCCUCCUCCCCCACCGAAUGUUGCAGCCUCUCUCCCUGGAGCAGAAAGGCUGCGCCUACUGACCCCGACACUGACGGGGUGGCUCUAGGUCACCGGUCUAAGUUUCCCAUCCCUAACAUCCCCUCCACCCUGGACAAGCAGACUAACUGGUCUAGAGCUCUGCCGCUGCCCACCCCAGAGGAGAGAAUGAAAUGCAAUUCCCAAGUCAUCGCCUCAUGCAUCAUUCCUAUUAAUGUGACUGGGGUUGGCUUUGACAGAGAUGCUAGUGUGCGCUGCUCACUCGUUCACUCGCAGUCUUUGCUUCAGAGGAGACGGAAGCUGAGGAGGCGGAGGACGGUCGCCGGUUUCCCCAGACAGGUGCAGCAGGAUUUUGACUCUGAUGACUCUCCUGGUUCCAGGGAGCGGACGGUCAUUGUUCACACCACUGCCGAUAUAACUCCUUCCACUGAGGGGCUGGCCAGCCAUCUGACCACCAGAGACUCAGGUUGCCAGACCGAAGACUUUUUGACGUCAGGAGCGCCGUGUCGGAGGAGGCUCAGGGUCCAGAGAGGUCAGGGCGUGUCACUCCUGCUCUCCCACUCGGCAGGCAACAUCUCCUGCCUGCCCGACAGCGCUGACCCCAUGUUCUCAAGUUCAGUGGAAGCCCGUUUGCGGUCGCGAAGUCUGCCCAGAGACAGCAGCAGGAUGAUGAUGAUCCUCAUGGACAAUGAGCGCAACGACAGCGACGAGGAGGAGGAGCUGGCACCCUUCGACUCCGAGGGUUUCCUUCCCGGGCGCAGGGAGAGGAUCCUGAAGGAGGAAGAGGAGAGUGCCGACGACCGGGCCAUGUCAGAGCGGCAGCUGGGGGGGCUGAAGUUUGCGCAACUGUCGGACAGUCCGGAGCGCAGCUGGAUGGAGCGGACCGGCGCUCAACUGCCCAGGAAAGCCGACAUGGGCAGCUGCGAGAUCUCGUCCAGUUCGGACACCUUCAGCAGCCCUGUUCACUCCGUCUCAGCCGCAGGGGUGCUGGGCAGCCAAAUGGACCAUAAGGACGACCACCAGUCUUCCAGCGGGAACUGGAGUGGCAGCAGCUCCACCUGCCCCUCCCAGACCUCAGAAACUAUCCCCCCCGCAGCGUCCCCUCCACUAACCGGAUCCUCGCACUGCGACUCUGAGUUGUCCCUCAAUACCGCCACUCACACCGCCGAAGACCAGACCAGCUUCCUGCUGGACAACUACCAGGGCCUCAGAACCCAGCGAGCUGGCUCCUUCUCCUCAGCAGCUAUGGAUGUAUUAGAGGAGGCAGGAGUGAGUACGCCCAUGGAGGGGGAGUGGGAUUUCCCCAACGCGGAGCCGUCUUCCUCUCAGGGGUUCAGCCCUGAACCGGGCAGGGAGGCCGAGAGCAGCCUGGGCUGCCCCAGCUUCACCAGCAUGGCUACCUGCGAGAGCAGCUUCUCCGACAAACCGCCAUCAGAGAAAGCAGACACCGUUUCUUACUACUCUGUGGACACCGAAGGGUACUACACCUCCAUGCACUUUGACUGCGGUUUAAAAGGCAGCAAAAGCUUCACCUACAACUAUGCAAACCCUGGUUCUGAUUGCGGUUUGUCGGACAUGAGCGGCCACCUGACCCUGGGGAGACGCUGCCUCUCCUUGAGAAAGUCAAAGGCCAAGCCCUCCCCACCAAAGAGGAGUUCCUCCUUGAGGAAGAUAUGCAGUGAGGGACACAUCCCAGAAAAGAGAGAACCAAAGAUUACUGGUACCUACAGACACCCAGUGUCUCUGUCCUCUAAAGAGCGGAGAAUGCAGCUGGCUCUGUCUGGAUCGCCAGGACUCAUGGAGAACUCCUCACUAGGGCGAGAGCCCCUCGAGGUCUGGGCGAUGGAAGGCACGUCGGAUCUGACGGAUUUAGGCAUUUUAAGCUCCAAAGACGCACAUUCCUUUAAGGACAAUGGCAUUGUGCAGUCAGACUAUGCAGAUCUCUGGCUUCUAAACGAUUUGAAGUCCAGUGAUCCCUACCGAUCGCUAUCAAACUCCAGCACAGCCACAGGUACGACUGUGAUCGAAUGCAUCAAGUCACAGGAGAGCUCAGAGUCCCAGACUUCCCAGUCUGGCUCCAGAGCCACGACCCCAUCACUUCCAUCAGUGGAGAGCGAGUUCAAGUUGACGUCUCCGGAGAAGCUGGCCGGAUUGGCGAGCCCAUCGAGCGGCUACUCCAGUCAGUCUGAAACCCCCACCUCCUCAUUUCCCUCCACCUUUUUCCCCGGACCUCUGUCCCCAGCCACUGGGAAGAGGAAGCCCAAAGUCCCAGAGAGGAAGUCGUCUCUUUCCUCUCUGUCUCUGCAGGCACGCUCAUCCAGAGACGUAGCCACCUCGAAGAAAGAUCUGGAGCUGCCGAUGAUUCCUCCUUCUCACCUCGACUUAAGUGCCCUUCACAGUCCAAGCAAUAAAGACUCGGCUUACAGGAACCAGCUACCAAACCUUCUCCAGAUCAAGCAAAAAGAUGUGCUAACUGCCAAAACUGUCACAUCUCCAAACUUGGAGUCCUUCACUGCCCACUCUCUGUCUAUAACACCCUCAAUUCUUCAAAAAGUGCAGCUUCGGUCCAUCAGCAAGCAGCCUGAAGACCUGCAUGAGAACAAAGCGGCCUCGAGACUCCAGUGUCCGUCUGAGAACUCAACCAGCAGUCAAUCACUAGCUCUCAAGAGUCCCUCAAUGCACAAUUCUCAUAAUCAUCAUGUUUCAUCAAACGACUCAAUCCAUGCCUCAAAUGAAGAGCUUUCAAUGGCGAAUAGCAAGGGCACAGAGGUAUUGUCAGGGAGCGCGACAGCUGUCGGACUGCGGUCAGAACCGUGUUUGGAUGGUUCUAACGUCCCCAAGGCGUUGACUGUUCAUGAAGCAGAGCAGCGCUCAGAGUCACCGGUAACAUCCGUCUGCUCCGGAGAGUCUAUCCCACACGUAGACUCUUCAGGUCAGCAGCAGAGCGAACUGCCCGAAGCGGAAAUGUGUCCUUGCCCUCCGGUUUUACACAGCUCACCCAAGAGGUCCAACUGUGUGGACAAAGUGCCUGCUGCUGACAGUCCUCUGGAGACGUCCCAGGAGAGCUCCAUCAGCAGCGAAGGGGAGAACGACUCAUCAGGAGUUUCAGCCGAAAGUGCCUCACAGGACAGGAAAGAGGAAUCCACAGAGGAGGCAGACGAUUACUUUAGCAAAGACUAUACAGAAAGUGACAACUCUGCGUCGUCACAGCUCGAGGAGUCACAAAAAGAGGAUGACAGCGUGUUUCUGUCACCCACCAAGUCCCGCACCACUGAGGAUCUGUUCGCUAUGAUUCACAGAUCCAAAAGGAAAGUGUUGGGGAGGAAGGACUCCACUGAGCUGGCUGCAAGGACCCGCCUCAGCGCCUCAUCGGGCAACACCCCACCGCCCAGCAGCACCGUCACCUCCCCGGUCCCUGCGGCGUCCCCCUCUUCCCCCUCCCCCGCUGUGACCCCGCCCGCCCCACACAGAGUCUCGGGGCCCAUCUACAGGAACGCGAAGAAGUCCAGCACCUCCAACGAGGAGUUCAAGCAGCUGCUGCUUAAAAAGGGGAGCCGCUCGGACUCCAGCUACCGCAUGUCGGCUGCUGAGAUCCUGAAGAGCCCCGUCGCUCCGAAGUCGCCUGGAGACUUUCUGACCGAGUCACCCAGACAGUCGGAGGAGGCCCCCUCCCCACUGCAGCAACUCCUGUUGGACCAAGAGCAGCUGUCCAGCCCAUACCCCAAAGCCAACGGCGAGAGCUUCUCCCCGAGACCCUUCCUCUCGUCUGCCGCUUCCAGGCAGGGCCGCUCGAGGAUCCCGCCGCCCGCCAGCAGCAGCCGCUACAGCGUGCGCAGCAGGCUGUACUCCACGCCCAUGCAGGCCAUCUCCGAGGGCGAGACGGAGAACUCGGACGGAAGCCCUCACGAUGACCGCUCCACGUAGGACACGGAGCACAGCAGAGAUAAAUCUAUAUGUUUACAAAGACGACUGAUGGACCACGAUGAAAUAUAAUAUAUAAAUAUAUCAAAUAUGCAGAAGGCAGGGGAGCAGAUUAAAUCAUUUUAAAAGUAAAAAAAAAU